AUCACUUUAACCUCACACUAGAACAACCAGCGUCUACAGUCCUCGUUCGCACUUCGACAGACUACCUUCAAAAUCAAAGCAAACAAUUUGAGCUCCUUUCUAUCAACAGCUUCUUUCACAAUGUCAGGCAAAUUCGAGCCCAAGACACCAGUCACUCUUGCCCCUCCAAAAUCCGAUCCUAUUUCCACAGAAACGCUAGCAAAGUGUGACGGUACCGGACCAGAUGGAAAAUGCUACGUUGCAAUCAAGGGCAAAGUCUUUGAUGUAACAGGCAACAAGAGCUAUCUGCCAGGCGGAUCAUACCACGUCUUCGCCGGCCACGACGCCUCCCGCGCCCUAGGAAUGACCUCCACAAAAGCCGAAGACGUCAACCCAGACUGGUCAACACUCUCCGACAAAGAGAAGGGCACUCUCGAAGACUGGUUAACCUUCUUCUCCAAGCGGUACAAUGUCGUUGGAGUUGUGGAGGGGGCUACGAAUCAAUGAAUGUGAAUAUGGAAUUAAGAUCUAGAGGCAAGGAAGGAGGAAGUGGUAUCGACUGGUGGAAACGAGGAAGGUUGAAUGAAUGGAGCCUGCGGGGUGCGCAGAAAAGAUACCCUCACUAUGUCCAGGACUGAGACGUAUGGCGCACCCAACCACCCCCACCUCCACUCGCACAACCCAAAACCACAUGGCUCAACUGCAACACACCCAUACCGAUCGCGUCCUGUCGUCUCACCAAUCUGUC